AUGGGCGAGAUUGCCAUUGAUGACCUAGUCGUCGCCGUCGAUCACUGCGCGCAGUGCGCCACGUUUGCCGACUUUUUGCGUGACGGCACGCGGAUCGAGUUUGAGUUUGAGUAUACCAGUCUUUGUGAGGCACUCCAGGCGCUCGUGCAGGAGCAUCCUAGCCAGCUCGGCGCGCACAACAGCGCCGACAGUCGAGAUCUGAUGGCGGACGACCUUGCGAUGAUGGCACCAAACGUCGUUUGGAAGCGUGCAACGCGAUUGGAAAACGCGACCGACCUCGACACGCACGUUCGACGGCCGCGGCAGCUCCACGACGAUACUCGAAGCGUCGCAAAGCUCCAGCAGUUGCUCGCGAUCGACGCAGCGAACAACGGUCCACCGUAA